UCUGCAACCAAACAGGCCACAUCACAGCAGGCUCCAAUACAGGCUGCUGUUGUGCUGCCAGCGUCGCAAUGUAUAUUCUCGAGCAACUGGCGCGUCUUCUCGACCGCCCAUUCAUCCCCUGGAAGAAUGUCCUCGUGGGAUUCUCCUUGGGUCAGUUUCUCCUAGAAGGCUUUCUGUCUCUUCGCCAGUACAAAGUCCUGCAACGGACCAAGCCCCCGCAAGUGUUGGCAGGUGAAGUAUCACAGAAGGUGUUCGAUCAGAGUCAGUCUUACGGUCGCGCGAAAGCCAAAUUCGGUCUUGUUGCAGGUCUUUACGGUCAAAUCCAAAACCUUGCAUUCAUCUAUGGCGACGUUCUCCCCAAACUUUGGGGGCUUAGCGGUCUCCUGUUGGCACAGUACUUUCCUUCUCGGUUCCAGGGCGAAAUCUCGCAGACGCUUCUAUUCGUCUUCGGUUUCAAUUUAAUCAGCACGGUUCUCUCUUUGCCGAUUUCGUACUACAACACCUUUGUCCUUGAGGAAAAGUUUGGGUUCAACAAGCAGACCUUCGGUCUUUGGGUUUCAGACAUGCUCAAGGGACAGAUGCUGGGUAUCGUGCUUGGAACACCCAUUAUCAGUGCGGUGCUCAAGAUUGUUCAGAAGACAGGCAACUCGUUCUUCUACUACCUAUGGCUCUUUGGCGUUUUCCUCCAGAUCUUCGCUAUAACUAUCUACCCGAUCGUGAUCCUGCCCUUGUUCAAUAAAUUGUCGCCUCUUGAGCCCGGUGCUAUCAAGACCGGUGUCGAGAACCUCGCUAAGAAGCUGAAGUUCCCCCUUCAGGAGCUGCAUGUUAUUGAUGGUAGCAAGCGGAGCGCUCACAGCAACGCCUAUUUCUAUGGUCUCCCCUGGAAAAAGCACAUUGUCAUCUAUGACACCCUGAUUGAAAAGAGCGAGCCUGAGGAAGUGGUUGCAGUCCUGAGUCACGAACUGGGUCACUGGAGUCUCAGCCACACCACAAAGCUAUUUGGCAUUGCUCAGUUCCACAUGUUCUACAUCUUUGCGCUCUUCUCUGCAUUCGUGAACAACAAGUCCCUGUAUCAGUCAUUUGGCUUCUAUGGUCAACAGCCCAUCAUGAUCGGAUUCCUCUUGUUCUCAGAUGCGCUCGCGCCGAUGGAUGCCGUUGUCAAACUUCUGAUGAAUAUUCUCAGCCGCAAAUUCGAGUUCGAAGCUGACGCAUUCGCUGUCGGUCUCGGCUAUUCCGAACAGUUGGCGCAGUCCCUUCUCAAGCUGCAGAUCCAGAACCUGAGCACUAUGGACGCCGACUGGAUGUACGCAAGCUACCACUACUCCCACCCUAUCCUGUCCGAGAGACUCAAGGCGCUCGGCUGGAAGGGCGGAAAGGUUACCGGCCUUAAGGAGGAGGAUAGUGAGACACCAAUCAAGGCGUCUGACCGCGAGCUGUGAUUGUUAAGAUUUGGUUUCGAAAGUUCCCUUAUUGUUCUCUGGUACGGUGUUUGGGGACCGGUUGAGGAAAGGCCCGGGCAUGGGCUUCGAAGGCCUUUUACUCGUGGAUGAUUUUUUGAGUUUCUAACAAGUAAAAUAAGCAAAUCAUAAUCGUCCUCCAAUAAGACAGUUUCGCCU